UUUCCAGUAAAAAACAUCGCGCCGUUAACGCUCGGUUAACAGAGCUGCAGAGCAGCGCGAGCGCAGGAGAGCUUCACUUCCGACUCGGAGAGCUCGCAGUAACGCAGACGCGCAGCGGAAUCAUGGCGGAGGGCGAUAAUAAAAGCGCUAACCUAUUGGCUCAGGAGACGUCUCAGCUGGAGGAGCAGCUGCAGGGAUGGGGCGAGGUCAUCUUAGCCGGAGAUCAUUUCCUGCGCUGGGAGAAGCCCUGGUUCCCCGCCGUGCUGGUGGGCAGCACCACCCUGCUCUUCCUACUCAUCCACUACCUGGACCCGUCUGUGCUGACCGGACUGUCCUGCACCGUCAUGGUUCUGUGUCUGGCUGAUUACCUGGUGCCCACCCUCGCCCCGCGCAUCUUCGGCUCCAACAAAUGGACCACAGAGCAGCAGCAGCGCUUCCAUCAGAUCUGCGGGAACCUGGUGAAGACGCAGCGGCGCGUGCUGGGGUGGUGGAAACGCCUGUUUGCCCUCAAGGAGGAGAAGCCCAAGAUGUACUUCCUGUCGGUGAUCAGCACUCUGGUGGUCGUGGCCUGGAUCGGGCAGCAGGUCCAUAACCUCUUCCUGACGUACCUGAUCGUGAACUUCCUGCUGCUGCUCCCCGGCAUGAACCAGCACGGCAUCAUCAGCAAGUACGCCGGCAUGGUCAAGAGGGAGGUCAACAAACUGCUCAAGCAGAAGGAGAAGAAGAACGAGUGAGAGGAGGAGGAGGAUGGUCAUGCUGAUGAUCAUGCUGAUGAUCAUGCUGAUGAUGAUGAGAAUUGAGUAGGAGUAAUGAAAGUUAAAUUUGCCCCCGUAUAGCAUUUAAACAAUAACUCAGACCACUAAAGUACUUCAGGCAAAGCAGAAUAAAUAUAAAAAUAUAUAUCUAAAAAACUAGAUUUAGGCUUAAGCAGGAGCACGUUGACUCCUCCCCCAUUUUGAUCACACCGACGUGUUUAUGGUGUAAAAGUGCUUCAAACCGUACGCCGCUUUAAAGCCGUUCCCUUUUUAUAAUUCAUUAAGGCUAAGCAUACGUCAAACGUAGAUGUACUUUUUUAACGCUCGAGAACGUGAGCAGAAAUCGUGCUCGGGAGUGUUUUUCGUUUUGGUUUUGUUUUUUUUUGUUUUUGUUUUUGAAAACUGCACUGAAACCACCACAGGAGAAACUGGAGCGUUGUGAAGCUGUGCGUCGGAGCCCCGAGACCUCACACCUGCGGAUACAGAGUCAUACUGCUGUGUUUUAAUCUCUCUCUCUGUCUCUCUCUCUGUCUCUCUCUCUGUCUCUCUGUCUCUCUCUCUGUCUCUCUCUCUGUCUCUCUCUCUGUCUCUCUCUCUGUCUCUCUGUCUCUCUCUCUGUCUCUCUCUCUGUCUCUCUCUCUGUCUCUCUCUCUGUCUCUCUCUCUGUCUCUCUCUGCCUGUCUCUCUCUACCUGUCUCUCUCGCCCCCCCCCCCAGCCGAAGCCCUCCGCUCCUGCUCGAGGGUCGGCGCUGUAGAUACAUACAUGUCCUCUUUCCUCCUGCGUGUCUGUGUGUCAUGUCCGUGUAAACGUGUGCACUUUCCUCCGGCUUUCCGUGAAGCUGCGACGCGUCUGCAUUUCAGCCUCUCUUUUCAGUUCAUAAUAAAUAAUAAUAAAGAACUGCUCGGA